GUCUCUGCCAGCAGGCGUCAGCCCCGCCCUUCUUCUUCCCGUGGGCGCUCGGAGGCCCGCCCCGGCCGCUGCGCCGGGAGCGGCGUACCGUAGGGUAGGGUAGUCUCUCUCGCGCCGCCCGACUUGGGUGAGCCGAGGGUUCGCAUGGCGGCGGUGGGGCCGCGGACUGGCCCGGGCGCCGGGGCCGAGGCGCUGGCGCUGGCGGUAGAGCUGCAGGGCGAGGCGACCUGCUCCAUCUGCCUGGAGCUCUUCCGGGAGCCGGUGUCCGUCGAGUGCGGCCACAGCUUCUGCCGCGCCUGCAUCGCGCGCUGCUGGGAGCGCCCGGGCGCCGGGGCCACCGCCGCGUCCCACAAGUUGUCCUGCUCGCUGCCCUGCCCGCAGUGUCGCGAGCCCGCGCGCCCGGGCCAGCUGCGGCCCAACCGGCAGCUGGCUGCGGUGGCCACGCUGCUGCGGCGCUUCAGCCUGCCAGCGGGCGCGCAGGGGGAACGCGGGCCUCCGGAGGCGGUGGCGGCCGGGUGCCCGCAGCACCGCGAACCGCUCAAGCUCUACUGCCAGGACGAUGGACGUGCCAUUUGCGUGGUGUGCGACCGCGCCCGCGAGCACCGCGCUCACGCCGUGUUACCCCUGGACGAGGCGGUGCAGGAGGCCAAGGAGCUCCUGGAGUCCAGGCUGAAGGUCUUGAAGAAGGAUCUGGAGGACUAUGAGGCGUUUCGUUCCACCGAAGAGAAGGAGAGCAAGGACCUCCUGAAGCAGAUGGCGGCCGAGAGAGAGAAGGUUGGGGCGGAGUUCCAGGCUCUGCGGGCCUUCCUGGUGGAGCAGGAGGGCCGGCUCCUGGGCCGCCUGGAGGAGCUGUCCCGGGAGGUGACACGGAAACAGAAUGAGAACCUGGCCCAGCUUGGGGGUGAGAUUGCCCAGCUCUCCAAGCUCAGCAGCCAGAUCCAGGAGACAACUUGCAAGCCUGAUCUUGACUUUCUCCAGGAAUUCAAAAACACACUAAGCAGGUGCAGCAAUGUGCCUGCCCCCAAGCCAACCACAGUCUCUUCUGAGAUGAAGAAUAAAGUCUGGAAUGUUUCUCUCAAGACCUUUGUCUUAAAGGGGCUGCUCAAGAAGUUCAGAGAGGAUCUUCGGGGAGAACUGGAGAAAGAGGAAAAAGAUCGAAAUCAGGUCCAUAAAUUGCCUUUCUGUGAUUUCAACACCUACUUAAUGAGGGGGCGGUGGGAGUGGGGCGAGGGGAGCCGUGCGAGGACGCUGCAUGGGACGUCUCCUCCCUGUCUUCCCCCCUCCCCAAACCCCGCAGUGGAGCUGACCUUGGACCCCGACACGGCCAACCCCCGCCUCAUCCUCUCUCUGGAUCUUAAGAGCGUGCGCCUUGGACAGCGGGCCCAGGACCUGCCCAGCCACCCGCGCCGCUUCGACACCAACACGCGAGUUCUGGCAUCCUGCGGUUUCUCCUCCGGGAGGCACCACUGGGAGGUGGAAGUGGGCUCCAAGGACGGCUGGGCCUUCGGCGUGGCACGUGAGAGCGUGCGCCGCAAGGGCCUCACGCCCUUCACCCCCGAGGAGGGCGUCUGGGCGCUGCAGCUCAACAGCGGGCAGUACUGGGCGGUGACCAGCCCUGAAAGGACGCCCCUCAGCUGUGGGCACCUGUCCCGCGUGCGGGUCGCCCUGGACCUGGAGGUGGGGGCCGUGUCCUUCUAUGCUGCGGAGGACAUGCACCACAUCUACACGUUCCGUGUCAACUUCCAAGACCGCGUGUUCCCCCUUUUCUCUGUCUGCUCCACUGGCACCUACUUGCGAAUCUGGCCUUGAGGGGCAUUGCCUGGCCUCCCCGAGGGGGUCAGUCAGUCAAGGGUGAACUCCUCCUAGUCCUGGCUGCCCAUGGGAAGGCAUGUUGCCCUCGGAUGGAGCCUCCUGGUCACUCUGGGUAUGCCCUCCAGACUCUUGCCCCAGGCUGCCUUAGAGGGGAUUCCGCAGACUACAACAUCAAAGACAUGAGAAUGGGCUGUUGGGGAAAAGGGCUCUGAGGUCAGUUGAGCAGGGGAAGAGAUGCUUUGGACCCUCCUGGCAUGUCUCCUGCCUGUUGUCCACGUGUGGAUUUGGCCUGAGCUGUGAGGCGGUGGAGGUGUGUGAGGACAGGAGCCCAGCUCCACCAGAGGUGCUUCCUAUCACUACACCAACUCAGCAGGGCUUCUGGUUCUGUGGAACAAAACCAAGCUCUGGUCCUGUGCCAUCCUCAGUUGCAAGCGGGCAGGUUCCUGCCAGGCCAAUCAGGUUCAUGAUCCCUUCUGCUUUGCCUUCCUGUCAGCUGCCAGCUCUGCCUUCAGAGACCUGAAUCUAGCUGGCCUGACGAAGUUGUCUACUCAGGGAGGAUCACUGUACUUCCAGCUCAGUGGAGAGUUUGGGCCGGAACUGGUAGGAGACCCUUGAUCUGUACAUGAGGGAAAAGCCCAGGGUAACAGCAUAUAGGCAUUGCUGCCGUCCCAUAUGACUUAGCCUGAUGACAGAGUGUGUGUACAAUACAUCCUUGGCCACAGUGACUGCUCCGUGUUCUCAAGUUUGCCUAAACCCUUUUCAAGUGCCAAAGUACAGUCUCCCUUGGGUAAGGAGACCAAAGACUCUGGAAUUUUGAAACUCAAGGCGGCACUUAUAAUUUUACAGAAUAAACUAACACCAGCAUGGAAAUGCACAGAGCACAGGCAUGCCCCUGACAGACACUUCCUGGAGCUUCCCCAGUGUAUGCCAACAGCAGAAGACCCUGGUGCCAAGGCCUGCUCAGCCUGUACCCUGGAGGGUGUUAUUCUCUUGGCUAAUUGUUCCCCAGCUUCUGCAUGGCUGGGCUUCUGGGAGAGUGGAGGUGGGCUGUUCCCUGCUUAGUAUGCUCCAGGAAAGGGGGAUGGGGAGAUGGAAAUACAGACUGUGAGCUCA